CCCAUGGUGACGGACACUGCCCAGCAGCAGUGGGAAUGCUAAGCUAACGCACUGCUAACGGCUGCAGGAGGAGGAAUAUCGGUGACUGAACUGUGACAGUUAAUGUUGAUGUAGAGGUUUUAUACAGAAUAUCGCCCGCUGAGAGUCACACUGCGAGCUCAUCUGGGGUCUGUUCACAAGGACCAUAGGUUAUCUUCAAAUACUAAUAAAACUGGCUGACAUGGAUGAGCAGAGUGUAGAGAGUAUAGCGGAGGUGUUCCGCUGCUUCAUCUGUAUGGAGAAGCUGCGAGAUGCUCGCCUCUGCCCUCACUGCUCCAAACUCUGCUGUUUCAGCUGCAUACGGCGCUGGCUGACUGAGCAGAGAGCCCAGUGUCCGCACUGCCGAGCUCCACUGCAGCUUCGGGAGUUAGUGAACUGUCGCUGGGCAGAGGAGGUGACCCAGCAGCUGGACACACUGCAGCUGUGUAACCUCACCAAACAUGAAGAAAACGACAAAGACAAAUGUGAAAACCAUCACGAGAAGCUGAGUGUGUUUUGCUGGACCUGUAAGAAGUGCAUCUGUCACCAGUGUGCUCUCUGGGGAGGAAUGCACGGAGGACACACGUUUAAACCCCUGGCUGAAAUCUAUGAGCAGCAUGUGACAAAGGUCAACGAGGAGGUGGCCAAACUCCGCCGCCGGCUCAUGGAGCUCAUCAGUCUUGUACAGGAAGUGGAGAAGAAUGUGGAAGCGGUGCGUGGAGCGAAGGACGAGCGAGUGCGGGAGAUCAGGAAUGCUGUAGAGAUGAUGAUUGCUCGUCUGGAUAAUCAGCUCAAGAACAAACUCAUCACAUUGAUGGGUCAGAAGACAUCUCUCACUCAGGAGACUGAGCUGCUUGAGUCUUUGCUGCAGGAGGUGGAGCACCAGGUGGGGGGAUCCACAGACGUGCUGCGAUCCUGCAGUAAGAGUGAGUUGAUUUCUAAAAGUCCAGAGAUCCUGCUGAUGUUCCAGCAGGUUCACAGGAAGCCCAUGCAGUCUUUUGUCACAACACCUGUACCGCCGGACUUCACCAGUGAGCUUGUUCCUGCUUAUGAGUCCAGCACCUUUGUUCUAGCAAACUUCAGUACCUUGAGGCAGAGAGCAGACCCUGUAUACAGCCCUCCACUCCAGGUGUCCGGACUUUGCUGGAGACUGAAGGUUUACCCUGAUGGGAAUGGAGUUGUUCGGGGAAAUUACCUCUCUGUUUUUCUGGAAUUGUCAGCUGGACUCCCAGAGACGUCUAAGUAUGAGUAUCGGGUUGAGAUGGUACAUCAGGCCUCCAAUGACCCCUCUAAAAAUAUCAUCCGGGAGUUUGCUUCUGACUUUGAGGUCGGGGAGUGCUGGGGGUAUAACCGCUUCUUCAGGCUAGACUUGCUGGCGAGCGAGGGGUACCUCAACAUGCAGACAGACACACUCAUACUCAGGUAUCAAGUGCGAUCACCCACCUUCUUCCAGAAAUGUCGUGAUCAGUACUGGUAUAUCUCCCAGCUGGAGGCGGCCCAGUCCAGCUACAUUCAGCAGAUCAACAAUCUGAAAGAGAGACUGGCAAUUGAGCUCUUCCGUCGGCAGAAGUCUCGAAGCUCCUCCCCACCAGACCGCCGCCUCUGUCCCUCCACUGUCGCAUCUGCUGGACCAUCCAGCCGCGACUCACGGCCUGGGAAAAACUGCAUGGCAGAAGAGACAAACCAGGCAUCUGCAGCUGAGGCAAAAGAUGAAGAUGAUGAGGAAGAAGAGGAGAAGACCCAGCAGGAUGACUCUAAUGAGCUGUCUGAUGGUGAUCUGGAGGUGGACUGUCUAACUGGGGAUGAAGACGUGAACCCACUGGAUGGUAGCAGCACAUCUGGCAGCUCCACGGCAACAAGUAACACUGAGGAGAACGACAUUGAUGAGGAAACCAUGUCUGGAGAGAAUGAUGUGGAAUAUAGUGGAAAUUUGGAUCUGGAGGAGGGAGAGCUGCCAGAUGACAUCAUGGGAGCCACAGGAGGGUCCAAUGCAGGUGUGCGUGGUUUGAGACGUGGGACCGGAGCCUCGGCCAGUCUGCUGGAAAUUGACCCCGUUAUCUUAAUCCAGCUGCUGGACCUAAAGGACCGCAGCCACGUAGAGUCACUGUGGGGGAUGCAGCCGCGGCCACCAGCAUCACUGCUUCACAACCAAGCUGCUGCUGUUCCAACCCGUAAGGAUCGUGAUCGUCGCCCACAGGCAGUGCGGCGGUCAGUCCCGGACUCUGGCGUGCUGACGCGGCUCAAGGCUCAAAUGGCGGAGGUACGCAGUAAAAUGUCGGAUGUGAAGGGUCAGCUGGAGGCCCGCAGUGUGGCAGACCCUCGGGUAGCUCCUUUGGAGCAUGGACCAGCAGCUGAACCAGAGCCCGCAGCCAGGAGAAAACCCAGUGAACUGGAUCUGCUGUUUAAAACCCACGGAACAUCACGACAUAGCCGACAUGGUGGGAAGAAGGCUGUUUCACCUAAGCAGGAAGUAGGCGGGGCAAUAGGAGGCCUUUCCAUGCGCAGGUCUGGUGAUCCUGGAGAGAAGGAACUAAGAGCAGCUGGAGAUGCAGCGGUGGAUUUAAAUCUCUGCCCAAGAGAUGGACCCUCCAAUGCAGACAAUUCAGUGAAGUCCCUCAGUCUUCAUGGAUCCCCUUCAUCACUACCCAGCACCUCUUGUUCUUCUGAAAAACACUCCAGCACCAAACCUGACGAGUCUCUUUAUGGAGCGUCCGAAACAUUUAGCCUUCCUGUUCUGAACGGGGGUCCUUCAACAGGAGCCAAGCAGCGCAGAACACCCACAUUGGGAGUGGGGCUGCUGACAGACGGAUCUUUAGACUGCGAACCUGAAGGACCCGGUGAAAUGCGCCAAACGCUGCUCACGCUCACUGAGCCGCCUGCUACCUCCCGACCUGAUGAAGGACUCUUGUGUCAGAAGCAGUCUCCUCACCUGUUGGCAGGAAUGAGCAGUGACAGUGAGGCUGAGUGUGAGACAGAGUGUGAGAAUGAGGACGAGGCCGUGGCUGUGCAGGCUGGAGAACGCCAAUAUGACGCACUUACCUGUUCAGGUGAGCAGCUGAUGGCGGAUGAUCUGAGCUUUGUGUCUGGAGAGGCUACGGAGAGGUGAUGAGCGGACUGCAGACCGGCUGUGUGCAUGCGAGCGCGUCUGUGUCGAUGUGUUACUGCACUUCCUCUCAUCCACGUUCAGACACAUUAGAGCAGAAGUGUUACGCCUAUUUUAGAGCAGGAGAACAAACACACUUCUCUGUUUCCUCACUUAAUUUAACAGUUUGAAGAGGGAUGUGCUAUUCUUAAAUGGGCCCAACAUUCUGUUAUGUAAGCAGUUUUCUGUGCAUGAGAGUCAGCGUGUUUAUUGCAUUGUUACAGAUGUUUGGCGUGGGGAACAGUGGUCAUGGGUGAUGAUGAUGGGCAUGUUUUUAUUGCUCCUGUACUGCUUUUUUCUGUUUGUAUUUGUUUUUUUUUUUUAGUUUGGUAGUUUUUUUUAUUUGAUUAUUUGUACUUAUCUUAUUUUCUUGUCUGUAUUGUGUUCAUGUUGUGUCUGCUCUAGCUGGCUGAAGGCUUUUAUGAAAAGUAAGAGGCACCUUCUGUUCCGUAUGUUGAGCUUUCAGAGUAAAAUUAAACGGGAACUACAGCAGUGGCACCUCAGAGAUAUUUUUCAGAGUAAUUUUGGCACAAUCGAUAAAAGAAUGUGAAAGAUGCUGCUGCUCCGGUAAUUAGACAUAUAUUUAUAUUUGGGUUUAUUUUUGUGUACAUUAGGACUUUAUUAUUGUAAUAAGCUCUCUGAAGUGAUGGCACUUGGCUCUUUAAGUGUGGUGUGUUUGAGUGCUGCUGAGGCUCUCUGGGCAUUUGAACGUGUUCUGACUGAAAUAAUGAGCUAGCAUUUAUUAAAGGUGGGAUAUGCACCUUCAUAUGCUUCAUAUUCUUUUUGGGCAGUAAGUAGCCUAGGCAUGUGGCUAACAAUAACUGAGAGUUAGUUCUUAGCAGUUAAUGUAUUAAAAAGUGAAUUUCACUGUCACCGUUAGCAUUGUUAGCAUUGGGUUAACAUAAGAACCACCAGAAGCCUGUUUGAUCAAUCCGCCUCAUCCAGCAGGGGGCGCCUUUUACAGUUUCACAUUCCGUUCUUUAUAUGUUCGUUUUGAUUUGUUUGUCUAUUUAAGGUCAUAAUAAACAUGUUUUAUAUAGAAA